AAAAUAUUCCUGAAAGAAUUUUGAAACGUUUUCCAUGUGGUUUGGGUGCGACUGCUCUAUAUAUUGGGUAAACAAAUAUUCGACGCAUGCUUGGCUGUGUCGAUCUGGUUCUGGUUGAGUGGCCACACCGAAUGAAUAACCACCGAAUAGCUGCUGAUGACAUCAUAGCUCCAGGGUCGUGUUCGUAUUCUUCUAUAGAAUCUCUCUUUAAAAUACUCUUUAGACUGGCUGAUUGGCUCUCGCUUGAGAUUCGCUUGUUCUGGCGGAGAUCAGAUAGUCAGUUACCAUGGAGCAGCAGGUGGAGAGGUUACGGGUGAGAUUGGUGCCCGCCGGAACGGCGGAGGAACGUGCCAGGAAUAUUAUUGCCAAUGUGGUCCUGGAGGAUGGUCUGGUGCCCUUCAUCGAUGAUCACGCGGCGGAGAAGGUGACCCUGAUCCCCCAGCAGUCAGCUGCUCCACUUUCCUCCGCCCACCAGGAACCACCCAUCCGAUACUACUCUGUUGGACCCUCCACCUACAAGCUGUUGUGUCCACUCUGCCGCGAGAGGAGCCAGGCGGCUGUGAUGAGAGCAGCCAGCUGCAAGGACGCCAGUUUCUGCCUCAGCCUGCUUUCCUGCAUCUUUCCGCUCUUCUGGAUCUGCUGCGUGUGCACCUGGUGCGGAUGCAAUCGGGAGUGGACCACCAAGGGCGUUUACUGCAGCUCGUGUGGCGGCAAAGUGGGGAUCCAGCGCAAGGCCAAGUAGCCCAUUCCGCGGACCAAUUAAAUCGAAAUUAAUGCCAAAUAUUUAUCAUAUCUGUUCUAUAAUUCUAUUACGCGUCUAACUCAAUUAAAUACACAGUGUAAAUCAA